CAGGUCCAUCCCGCUUGCACAAGGCUGAGUUCGUCUUGUUCCUCGUAUGUUCCUUUGUGUUUUCAACAAGCGCAACUCUUUGUCUCCCCUUGUCUGUAACACAGCCACCACUUCCACUCUUCCGUGCCAGAUCGCCCUCUUGACGUACGUCAGUCACGUCACAUUCGUUUCCCAUAUCUACCAUCAACAUGUGCCGUUUUAUACCGGCUUCUGGAAAACAACCUGUUUUAGAUCCACAUAGAUCCCACGAGUCGUGACAUGUAGACCAAACACCAGUUCGCGCAUGCUCAUUCCUUCCACAACCUUGCCAAGCACCUUCAAUCAAUCGAUCUUCCAUCUUCUCUUCACUAUGCCCGCACAUCUAGCUUCUUGGAAAGAUCGUCUACCAUCUUAUCUGAGAGAUAUUCGCUUCAACUUCUACAGGCUGCACCUUUGCUAUUUCGUCUUCACCAUUCUCCUAUCCUCGAUCAUUCUUUAUGGAAGCACUACCAAUGGCAACUCUGACAACGCCCAAAAGGCCUUCAAUCUGCGUUAUAUCGAUGCUCUCUUCCUCUCUGCUAGUGCUAUGACGAACUCUGGCCUCAAUGUUGUGAACUUGGGAUCUAUCACCGGUUUUCAGCAGGCGGUACUCUUCGUCUUGAUUCCUAUGGGAAACGUCAUGGUUGUUUCCAUGUCCACAGUCUACAUCAGGAAAUACUUCUUCAAAAAGAAGAUCAGGCACUUCCUUCAGCACUCCAAAGCAGGACGCCAAGUAGCAAAGGACAUUGAGCGAGAUAGUCUUCAACACAAGAACGACGGUUCGAGCAGAGUCCCAAACGACCAUGCGAUGACUGCCGAUUUGCGGAACAGAAAGUCUACGAAGAAAGACCGCAGUCCACAUCAUCUGACACACUAUGGAGGAUUUCCGUUCCCUUGGGAGAGCCCUAGUAUUCGAAACUUCUUCCACAAGCCUUUUCGAAGACUACGUCGCCCUCCUCACGAUGAACCACACAACUACCUUUCUUUCAAACCGGCGCUUGACUCGAGAGGACGCUUUCUUUCACUGGACGAACGACAACGUGAAGAACUAGGAGGAGUUGAGUACAAGGCGCUCCACCUUUUGGGCUGGCUUCUUCCAAUUUAUCUUCUUUUCUGGUUUUGCGUGGGUGUUGUAAUACUGGUGCCGUACAGCUAUUACCCUCCCCUGGCAGACGUGAUAAGAACUUCUCAGCCGGGAAACCUGGAGCCAGGAUGGUGGGCCACCUUCAUAGCCAUGUCAUCAUUCUGCAAUUGCGGCUUCAGUCUGCUGGACCAGAACAUGAUUGCGGUCCGCGGCUAUGAUUUGACACUCAUCGUUACAGGCGCUCUUAUCCUUGUUGGCAAUCAGCUUUACCCAGUUUUCCUACGGUUCAUCAUCUGGUGUCUGUUCAAGCUCGUACCUAAGGAUUCCGAACUUCACCAUACUUGCGCCUUCCUACUACACCACCCUCGAAGGUGUUUCAUUUUGCUGUUUCCUAGCAUCAAUACAUGGUAUCUACUGGCUGCCCAAUUAGGUAUCGACUUCAUCCUUUGGGCCUUUUUCGAUAUCUUGAACAUUGGACUUUCCGCCAUACAGAGCAUGAGUGCGGGCCAGCAGACACUGGUAGGCUUGUUCCAAAGUCUGGGUGUCCGAGUUGGUGGUCUCUAUGCUGUCUUGAUCAGUGACACUGCACCCGCUGUGCAGAUCAUGUAUUUGGCGGGCAUGUACAUUUCGGCAUUUCCCAUCAUCAUAUCUCUUCGACAGACCAACAUUUACGAGGAAAGGUCUCUCGGUAUCCAGAACAGCAGUGACGAAGACGCGGAGAAGAAGAGCGAGCAGUCGUAUCUAUCUGAACACGUCAAGAAGCAGUUGGCAUACGAUCUUUGGUGGCUCAUCCUUGCGAUUUGGCUAAUUACCAUUAUCGAGCGUACACAGAUCGUCGCUGGAGGCGAGUAUUUUUCCCUUUGGGCCAUUCUUUUCGAGGUCGUAUCUGCAUACGGCACGGUUGGCCUCAGCUUGGGAGUACCGUACGACAACUUUUCGUUCAGUGGUACAUGGCAUACUCUAAGUAAGCUGAUCCUCAUCUGCGUCAUGAUUCGAGGGAGACACAGGGGUCUGCCAUACGCGAUUGAUAGGGCGGUUCUGUUACCUGGUGAAGAGUUGAUGGAGAAGAUGGACAAGGAAGUCAACGGUAGAGGCAGAGAUAAGGGAGACGCCCAUUGGCAGGAAGAAGAGCAAAGAAUUCGACGCGAGGAAGAGGGCUCUCAAGCGGAACAUGAAGAGCGCGGUCAAGAUCCCGAGGGACAUCAGGUCAAGGGUACAGAAGAAGGUCCUUCAUGAUUAUCUUGUCUAGUCCUUGCAUUAUUGAAGAAGAUCCACCACUC